AUGUUGACUGCUGCUGCAUUCGCAUCUACCACCGCGCUUCUGGCCGCUUUGGUCCCAACCGCUGACGCCCACGGAUACAUCGCCAAGCCCGCGUCACAGUUCAAGGGCGCCGCCAACUCGGCGUGGGUAGUGCAGAUCGACCCGGUCUGGAAGAGUGACAAGUGGGACGGCAACAACCCUGGGAGCGUCGAGGUCUUCACGUCGUUCAAGUCGGUCAAUAACUUCAAGGACCUCAAGACGCUCAUGGACGACACGUCCGUCUACGGCCAGGACUGCGGCUUCACGGACCCCAACGGCACGCCGCAGCCCAUUCCCACGGACGGCAAGGCCACCUUCUCUCGCGGCCUCAUCCACGUGGGUCCGUGCGAGAUCUGGCUCGACGACAACAAGGUGCUGUCUGAGGACGACUGCUACAGCAAGUACGGCAACCCCAAUCAGGACGUCAUCACCACGUUCCCCGUGGACUACUCGUCCUGCAACAACGGCGGCUGCAAGGAGAUGCGCUGCUACUGUCUCGGUUUCCAGGGCCUCGUCGACAAGACCGUGUGGCAGUCCUACAAGAAUUGCAUUCCUCUCACUGGAUCGGGUGGCGGCUCGUCGACCUCGACUUCGACCCCCACGUCACCGUCGAACUCAACCUCGCAGACCUCGCAGACCUCUUCUGACGGAUCCAAAACGCAGUCGAGUGGGGACUCCAAGACGCCUUCCUCGAGCGACAAUUCGGCCACUCCGGCCCCGGCGUCGAACGACUCGCCAUCCACGGAGGCCCCCACCACGCAGGGCUCAUCGGCGGAUACUCCGAAGGCCACGACGGCCCCGUCGUUCAGCUUCAAGUAA